GCCCCGGGGCGUGGCCUCGCCCAGGUAUGUCGAGCCGCUUGGGUUUCACUGAAACUUACCCAGUUCUAGCGAGGCGCUCGCAGAGGCUCCAGCUGGGGGCCGGUGAGACGGUGGCUGGCUUUCUCUCCGAGCGGCAAGUGAGACUGAGUUUCCAACUGGUAGCAGCGAAUUCCCUGCCCGCCCGGCGUGGGGGCUGCUGGCAGGAUGCGAAGCCUGAGCGCAGGGUGGCUGCUGGGGGGCGUCAUCCUGCUGGCGGCCUCUGUCUCCUGCAAUCGCACGGUCCUAGGAACCAGCAGACCCUCUAAAGGAAGAAGCCUCAUUGGUAAGGCUGAUAACACACCCCCUAUCACUGGGAAAGGAGCAACCGUGGAACCAGGCUUUUCCGUGGAUGAAUUUUCUGCUUCUGUCCUCACUGGGAAAUUGACUACUGUCUUUCUUCCGGUUGUCUACACGAUCGUGUUUGUGGUUGGUUUGCCAAGCAAUGGCAUGGCCCUGUGGGUCUUUCUUUUCCGAACGAAGAAGAAGCAUCCCGCUGUGAUUUACAUGGCCAAUCUGGCCUUGGCGGACCUCCUCUCUGUUAUCUGGUUCCCUUUGAAGAUCGCCUAUCACAUACAUGGCAACAACUGGGUUUACGGGGAAUCUCUUUGCAAGGUACUCAUUGGCUUUUUAGGCAACAUGUACUGCUCCAUCCUCUUCAUGACCUGCCUCAUGCAGAGGUACUGGGUCAUUGUGAAUCCCAUGGUGCACCCCAGCAAGAAGGCAAACGUUGCCAUCGGCGUCUCCCUGGGAAUAUGGCUGCUGAUUCUGCUGGUGACCAUCCCCCUAUAUGUCGUGAAGCAGACUCUCUACAUCCCAGCCCUUCACAUCACAACCUGUCAUGACGUCUUGCCCGAGGAGGUGUUGGUAGGGGACAUGUUCAAUUAUUUCCUCUCUCUGGCCAUCGGAGUCUUCCUGUUCCCCGCCUUCCUCACGGCCGCUGCCUACGUGCUGAUGAUCAGGACGCUGCGGUCUUCUGCCAUGGACGAAAACUCAGGAAAGAAGAGGCAGCGAGCCAUCAAGCUCAUCAUCACCGUCCUGGCCAUGUACCUGAUCUGCUUCACUCCUAGUAACCUGCUGCUCGUGGUGCAUUACUUCCUGAUUAAAACCUGGGGCCAGAGCCACGUCUAUGCCUUGUACAUUGUCGCCCUCUGCCUCUCCACCCUCAACAGCUGCAUCGACCCCUUUGUCUAUUACUUCAUUUCAAAAGACUUCAGGGAUCAUGCAAAGAACGCUCUUCUUUGUCGGAGUGUCCGGACUGUGAAGCAGAUGCAGGUAUCCCUCUCAUCAACUAAAUUCUCGAGGAAAUCCAGCUCUUACUCUUCAAGUUCAACCAGCGUUAAAACUUCCUAUUGAGUUUUCCAGCUCUUCCGAUGGAGGGUAUGCGCGAGGAUUUGGAGCCUGUUUAAUGUUAUGGGGAUGUUUCUGUUUUUUCCUAACCAAGCAGGUCUCACCCCCUACUGUGUAUAUGCAGCAUCUCUUAGGCUUCCUGGAAGCGUCCCUGUUUGCAUGAGGAAAGUCCCCCAAAUUAACGUAGAUGUCAGUUUCAGAAUUCCUCUACUCAGGUGCUCCCAGAAAUGGGACUGAUGGAAUUUUUAGAUGGUAGAGAAGGUAGAACCCCAAUGAUUUGCAAAAACUAGCCUUGGCGUGAAGACUAAGUUCUUUGCUGAAACUACAUUUCUCUUAUAUCUGGGGUCAGUCAGAGCCACGUUAGGAAGUAAGGGUGAUCAGAGAUGAUGGGUCCAAGUGAUUGGCUUUACAGAUGAGAAAACUCAAAAGUGAGGAAGCCGCCCAGAAUCAGGUUUGCAAGCAAUGGCAGCAAGUCAGUACUGGACAUUAGAGUUUGAAUGGUUAAUGCGGUUCUUGUACCAUCUCCUCAGAAUCAUUGUGGAUCUUGUUGAAAAAUGCAGAUUCAGGAAUUCCUGCUGGAGCACAGUGGGUUAAGGAUCCAGCACUGCCACAAAUGUGGUGCAGGUUGCAGCUGUAGCUUGGAUUCUGGCCCGGGAACUUCCACAUGCCUCGGGCAUGGCCGAAAAAGAAACAAAAAUGCAGAUUCAUCAGAUGCAGGAAUCAGAGCUCAGAGUCUGGGGACGUGGACCGGGAACCUACAUUUUAACAAGCCUGCCUCAUGCACAGCAAAGUUUGGGAACCACUGGUCCGGGUACUGUUUCCAUUUGGCAAGAGGCCAUAGUAAUUUUUGAAAAGAGAAGCAAGUGGUAUGCUUUGUGCCUCGUUCAUGAUCAGCUAAUAAUGAAAUCUGUUGUCUUAUUAGGACUUUCGGUUAUUUCUUCAUUAAUCCUUUGAGUUUUUGUAUGUAUCAUGGUCACUUCAUGGAAAAUAUAGUGAGGAUUUUAAAUGUGGAAAAAUAAAUUUUGUGUAAUUUUUACUGACUUCAGUGAAAUUUCAGGUUGUCUGAGCAAAAGACUGUUUCACAACUAAGACUAGCACUUACCACUUAAUAUUUUAAAAAAAUUGUUAUUGGGGUAUUUAUGGUCACUUUUUUUGACCUGUUAUCAAAUAUAAAAUUCUAAAACCAUCACUGGGUUUGAACAACAUCUGUUUGAAAAAGAACACUAAAAUAGAAGUGAUGUGCAGUGUAACUUUUUUUUUUUUGAUCUUUUUGGCUUUUAAGGGCCACACCCACAACAUAU